AUGGUUGUAGAUUCGGCAUACUACGAUUUAUUAGGCGUACCAGCUACAGCAACUGCAGUAGAGAUCAAGAAGGCAUACAGAAAAAAAUCCGUUCAAGAACAUCCAGAUAAGAAUCCAAACGAUCCUACAGCUACUGAAAGAUUUCAAGCCAUCUCUGAAGCUUACCAAGUCCUAAGUGAUGAAGCACUGAGGGCCAAGUAUGAUAAAUUCGGUAAGAAAGAAGCUGUUCCACAAGGUGGAUUUGAGGAUGCUGCGGAGCAGUUCUCAGUUAUCUUUGGGGGUGAUGCGUUUGCCUCAUAUAUAGGUGAAUUGCAAUUGUUGAAGAACCUACAGAAAACAGAAGAGUUAUCAGCUGAAGACGAAAAAGAGAAACAAAGAGAAAAAGAAGAACAAGAAGCUAAGGAGCAACAAGAAAAUGCAACUCCAUCUGCACCAAUUUCCACCUCUGAGACUAAAACCGAUUUAAAAACCAGUGCUCCAGCAAGUGUCGUUGAAACAUCUGUGGGCCACUCGGCUGGCAAUACUACUGGUAACACUAGUUCGAGGACAGACGUAACCAACUCACAAGAAGAAAAACCAAAGAAGAAAACUAAACUGGAGAUAUAUGAAGAAGAACAAGCCAUUGAAAAGGAAAAAAUGGUAGAACACUUAAGUAAAACCCUUACAGAAAGAUUGUCUAUUUUAACCGAGAGUGUUUAUGAUACCGCUUGCAAAGAAUCUUUCCAAAAAAAAUUUGAAGAAGAAGCUAAUCUAUUAAAGAUGGAAUCGUUUGGUUUGGAUAUUUUACAUACAAUAGGUGACAUAUAUUGUGAGCAAGCUAGAAUAUUCCUAGGUUCUCAAAACUUUUUUGGUUUUGGUGGCAUGUAUCAUUCUGUGAAGGCUAAAGGUGGUUUAGUGAUGGAUACACUGAGAACAGUUUCUGCUGCAUUAGAUGCUCAAAAUACAAUGAAGGAGCUAGAGAAGAUGAAAGAAGCUAAUGAAAAUGAUACACCUUUAGUGGACAAAAAUGGGAAUGAACAAUUAAAGCCUACACCUGAACAAAUGGCAGAACAAGAACAGCUACUUAUGGGUAAAGUUUUAUCUGCGGCAUGGCAUGGUUCCAAAUUUGAAAUUAUGUCUACAUUGAAAAGUGUAGUCAGCAAAGUAAUAGAUGAUGAAUCUAUCCCAAUUAAUACAAGGAUAAGGAGAGCUGAAUCUCUAAAAAUUUUAGGUAAAGUGUUUCAGAAUUCAUAUAGGACAAAAACUGAACAAGAAGAAGCACAGGUAUUUGAAGAGUUAGUUGCAGAGGCCACGAAGAAGAAGAAGUCUACGUGA